GACAGAAGCGUAAACUUACUUUCAGUUUUUCAGGAAUUUCUGUUAACCAUGUCUGCAGCAGCCCCCGAAGCCCCAACUAAAUCGGCUUGUAUAUUCUGUAAUAUUGUGAACAAGCUAGAAAACACAGAGAUACUGUACGAAGAUGAAGAAAUCUGCGUUUUUCGUGACAUCCGACCAGCAAGUCGGUUCCACAUUUUGACCAUACCGAAAAGGCAUAUAGAAGACGUUAAAUCUUUAACAACGGCUGAUAAAGACUUAGUUGAAAAGCUGCUAACCGUAGCCAAAGAGAUGUUAACGAAGAAUGGCCUGUCAGAAGACGUUGCCAGGUUCGGAUACCACUGGCCACCAUUCCGGAGCGUGAAGCACCUUCACUUGCACACCAUAGCUCCGGAGAAUGAAAUGGGGUUCCUCGCCAAAAUGAUGUUCCGAAAGGAUUCUUAUUGGUUUGUUACGCAUGAUUACGUGAUGUCAAGACUAUGACGAAACUGAUGAAAAUAUUACAAGUAUUGCACAUGAGCGGAGAACACGAAUAUCGACCAAGUUUGGAUGAGCUUCUCAUUUGAUUUUGAACCUAACGGAAAGGUCGGUCUUAUUUUGCAUGUACAACGAGGGCUACCGCGUUUAAUUUCGCCGCUAGGGGCGCUAGUGUAGAUGGAGGUCUUUCAAAAUGUCAAAUGCAUAGAAGUUUGGGGGGUUUCAAGUUUUUUUUAUCGGGAAUUUCACUCCUUAUUCAUAACUGUGGUAAAUCUUUGUCCAUCUUUGAUUAAUCAUGGUAAACAAUAGAUAUAGCUUAAUAAAUGUUAGUGGUUUAAAAAAAGUGCCAACUAAAAUAUAUGCAAAAUUAAACAGGAUGAAAUGACACAUUGAGACGUUAAAAUACCUUUGUGUAUUAGAACGUAUUGAUUUUAUAAAGAAGAUUUUAUAAAAGAAUUUUAAGAUCUGUUUUUCUGGACCUACGUCUACAGUGGCGCCAACUGGUGAGCACAAAAACGGUAGCUAUCAUUUAUUUGCAAUAAAAACUUGUAUAGGCAACAUACCUAAUGGUUAAUGGUUAUUACUUGUAGCAAUGUAAACGUAUUUAUUCUUAUUUAUUGUUAUAUUGGGUUAAAAUAAACU